GGCCGCGGUUAUCGAUCCGGCUGCUGGAGGGAGGCGGCGGCGAAGCAGCAGAGAAAAUGGCGGCCAUGGCUGCGGAGGCGGCGGCGACUGCAGCGGUGCCGGGCGACGGGGGAGCCGGCGAAGCCGAGCCCGAGAUGGAGCCCAUCCCGGGCAGCGAGGCCGGCGCAGAUCCCCUCCCCGCUGUCAGCGAGGCCGUGGAGUCGGCCGUGCCUGAUGGGGACGAGGCCGACGGGGGAAAGCCCGCUCCAGGGGAGGCCGAGGAGCCGCCGCCGCCCGUAGAGCUCGCCCGGAGCCCGGCUAGGACCCAGGAGCCGGAACCUGAGAGGACGGAGCCGGAGGAACCGGAGCUGGGUUUGCCCCAGUCCGAGCCUAGAGAAGCGCCCAGCCCGGAGCCCGAGGACGCGCCGCAGCCCUGCCCGCAGCCUGCUGGGCACCCUGAACUUCCCGAGGAGGAGCCGCAGCCCUGCCCGCCGGCUGCUGGGGGCCCCGUGGAGCCGGAGCCCGGGGAGGAGCCGUGCCGGCCGGAGGAGGAGGAGCCGGAUGCUGCUGAUGCUGCCGCUGUAAAGCCGGAGCCCCCGGCUGCCGGCUCCCCGGUGGCCCCGGCCGGGGGGGAGGCGGAGGCUCCGCUGCUGCCUGGCUCGGAGGUGCGGGUCACCCUGGACCACAUCAUCGAGGACGCGCUGGUGGUGUCGUUUCGGCUGGGGGAGAAGCUCUUCUCCGGGGUCCUCAUGGACCUCUCCAAAAGGUUUGGACCCCAUGGAAUCCCUGUGACCAUAUUUCCUAAAAGGGAAUACAAGGAUAAACCUGAAGCCAUGCAGCUCCAAAGUAAACCAUUCCAAGAUGAGACACAGGUGAAGUGUGAAGCCAGUGGUGCAGUCCCUGAUGACUCUUCUCCCAUUCAGCCAUCAGAACCUAGCCUCGCUAAAAGCCUAUGGACUUCUAAACCACCUCCCCUCUUCCAUGAGGGAGCGCCAUAUCCUCCUCCUUUGUUUAUCAGGGACACGUAUAACCAAUCAAUACCUCAGCCUCCGCCCCGAAAAAUUAAGCGGCCCAAGCGGAAAAUGUACAGGGAGGAACCCACUUCUAUUAUGAAUGCUAUCAAAUUACGACCUAGGCAGGUCUUAUGUGACAAAUGUAAAAACAGUGUUGUUGCGGAAAAAAAAGAAAUUAAAAAAAGUGGCAAUGCAAGUGACUGCUUAAAAUAUGAGGAUCAUAAAAAGCGAAGAAAUGAGAGUGUAACUACUGUGAAUAAAAAAAUUAAAACUGACCAUAAAAUAGAUGGAAAAAGCCAAAAUGAAAGCCAGAAAAGAAAUGCUGUGGUCAAAGUUUCAAAUAUUGCCCACAGCAGAAGCAAAGUAGUUAAAGUUUCUGCUCAAGCAAACACUUCGAAAGCUCAGUUAAAUACUAAAAAAGUUCUCCAGAGCAAAAACAUGGAUCAUGCAAAAGCUCGGGAAGUUUUGAAAAUGGCCAAAGAGAAGGCACAAAAGAAACAGAGUGCAACUUCCACUUCCAAAAAUGCACAUUCAAAGGUCCAUUUUACACGACGUCUUCAGAACACCAGCUCAGGUUCCCUCCCACCCCGAUUGCGUUUAAAACCACAAAGGUACCGGAAUGAAGAAAAUGACUCAUCUCUCAAGACAGGACUUGAGAAAAUACGGAGUGGCAAGAUGGCAACUAAGCCCCAGUCUCGCUGCUCCUCCACCCGCUCAGCAGGUCUCAACAAAUGGCAGCAUAUUACAUCAGACAGUGACGAGUCCUGCUGCUCCCUUACAGUAUCUGACAGACCACUGUGGAUUCAGAUUGGGGGCACUGAAGUUAACAGUGAAUUGGCAGCUCAGAGACACUAGGCACCUGCUGUUUUUAUGGAACCUCACCACACUGCCACGAAGAACACCAGCUCAUCAGGAAUGACAAAAAUUUGAGACUGAAUUGUCAUAUUUUUCCUCUGAAAUCUUAAACAGAGGGAAGAGAGGGCAGGGUGAAUGUGUUAAACAGACAAAACCACCCCCACUAAUCCUACUGGGGCACCUGUGUCUAUUGUACAUUUUCUUUUAAAUUCAAAAAGAUGUUAGGAAAUAUUUUAUAAAACUUUUUUGCAAUAAAUGACACAUGAGAUGGGGAGAGAUUAUACAAAGUGUUCAUGGAAGGAACCACUUGAAUUAUUAGUAUGAAGAAUCACUGCGAAUAUAUUUUUUUUUAAUGUGACAGUCUAAUCAAUAUGUUUGACAGGCCCCAAUGAUGGAGCCAAUUGCCUGGAAAGAUGACUGUUUUGAUUCUUAACUUUAGCACUGCAUUUUCCAUUCUCCAAGGCUUAGUUAGUAUUUAGUAUGGGUGUUAGCAGAGCUAUAACCUGUGAUCUAAAGCAUGUCCGAAAGCAGCUGUAUUGUAAAAUAUGAACAGUCUUGUUAAAUGAGACCAAUGUUUCCCAGAGAGGUGAUGGGCAGGAUAUCAACAGUAACUCCAUGUAUCUCUAAUUUCUGGGAAAAAUCUUCCCCUGUGAAAAUGGUUGUUCUAUUCUUAUGCUGAUGUAACACUUUGGGAAUUGAGGAUUGUUGGAAACGUAUCAAGAAGGGCUACAUCUCUGACAGCAUAGUCAUUUCGAUUUGCUUGUAAUGCUAUCGUAGUAUGGGAUUCAAGAAUGGCUACUGCUAAGAUAGGAUAGCAGUUGUUUGCCAGGUCAUUGUUCUUCCCCCCUCCCCUCCCUUCCAGCCCAGAAUAGAGCUCGUGCAGGCAGCUAGUACAGCAAGAGUUUCCAUUAGUGGUUCUAAUGGUGGUUGAUUUAAUAGAAUCAUAGAAAUGUCGGGCUGGAGGGGACCUCAAGAGUCCAGCCCCCUGCUCAAUUCGCAUUGCCUCAACUUCUUUGGAUACCAUUAAAUCAAAAUCAGAAGGUCAAAUCUUUUAUCCUCUUUCUUCCUUUCUCCAAAAGAUGUUUAGUAAUAGUUAUUUCAGCUGAAGCUAGUGAAUGUUGACCAUACUGCUAGAAUAUUGGCUUGUUAAUUUAUUUGCCACUGAUUGUUUUAAUAUUGUGUGCACAUUUUCUUGACAAUAUGGUUUCCUGUGCUAUUCUUGAUGAUAGAAGCGAAUUCACUGGAUGCCUGACUUGGGAGAGUAAAUAUUUAUUUUGGAGAAAUGAAAAUGUGCACAUAAUCUAAAGUUCUAAUAAAGUACAAGUUCCUCUUUCGAUGGAAAUGCAAAGGCUUGUACUAAGCUCUUUUCCUAUUUACAAAUAUUCUGAUCUCAUCAGGGAAUGUAAAAUAUCUUUCUACAGGUUAUCUGCAAAGAGAGCACUUUUCCCAAAAGUCUCUGGUUUCCAAAGGCACAAAUAUUGUUUUAUAACCUGUGUGCAUGGAUCAUGAAUUAAGUAACCUUUGAUUUCAAAUCAUGGUGACCAUAGAUGUAUAUUUUUUUCCCGGUUGCUUUGGUAUUUGGUAACAAAUCCAUAUUUUUAGCAGAGCAGGGGAAACAAUAAUCCAUACCCAGGAAAGAUAUAUUGGUGGUACAUAUAGUCAAAGGCAGUUCUAUAUUAGAGAUUUAGUAGUUACUUUAGUUUGAUUAGUGGUAACUUCAUAAUUUAUUUAUAAAACCAGAAACCGAAACCAUAGCACCUGUUUCUUUCAAAAACUAUUUUAGCUGCACAUUGCUGUUGUACAGUAGAUUCAAAUUGUGCUACUUUUCAUAAUAAACUGCAGAUUUUUUUUUUUUUAAAUAGAGAAUAGUAAUUAUUGUUCUGCAGUACUCUUCCUUUCUAAUGUAGUCAAAGCAGAGGGUCAGCAGUCUGGUCCUGCUCCACUGCCCGAAAUGUGACCAAGAUUUAUUAUAAAUUAAAGCAUCUCACUCUUAGGUUACAUCUGCACUAUGAGCUAGGUGUGUGAUGUACACAUCCAUAUGCUAAUUCUCAUGGAGCUAGCGUGAGUAUAAAUAGCAGUGUAGCCGCAGUAGCAUGGGUACCGGCAGCAGAGCCAUAGCUUAGUGGGGCCUAGACUGUACCCACCAGUCUCAAGCAGGUUUGUAUUCAGCAUAGCUAAGCCAUGCUGCCACUGCAGCUACACAUGCUACCGCAGCUACACUGCUAAGUAUACUCACGCUAGCGUAGUGACACCUCAUGCAAGAAUGUGUAGGCAAGUUGGGAUCAGACCCCUAGGUCGUAGUGUAGACGUAGCCUUAGAGAGAGAGAGGGGGACAGGGUGCAGCGAAUUAAUGUGCUAGCCUUUUACCUCUGGAGACCAAACCCUGAUUGUAUUACAAGUAGAUGGGGGUCUCAUCCCCACUGGGGGAGUCACUUUUAUCCACGUGAAAACAAAAAACAAAACCACACCAGACAACAUGGCACAAAACAGUUUCUGCUUAGGAAAAAGGCCCAGGACUGUAAUAGCAGGGUUAUUCCAUGCUGGGAUUGAAAUGAUUGACGUUGUGUGUGGAAGCCAGUAGUGCCUGCCUAUAUGACAUCUGACUCUUAACCAGUGCUCUUAUUGCCUCUCCUGCCAGAGCACUAGCACACAUCAGUUGGAGUAUACAGAACAUUAUAGUUUGAGAGAAAUGCAGAUCUCUGCAUUGGAGUAUAUGGGUAAAUUAAGCAAAUAGAAAGCUUAAAAAAUAGACAAGGUAGCAAACUGUAUUUGCUCAUAAAAAUGAGUUUAUUUUCAUGGGAAGUAGUGCAGCCAUUUUGUUUGAAACCAGAUUUUCAUUUUGAAGUGAAACUGUCAGGGAUAUUUUAAUGACUGAGAAGUACAGUAAUGUAUUGCUUUUCACUUUUUGGCUUUAGUUGCUUAAUAUUUAAGCUUUGCUCCAUGCUACCUUUUUGUCUGUAUAUUGAAUGGUCACUAUGCCUCCUUCAUUUUGUAGACUUGAAUGAGGGGGAAAAAAAUGAUUCACUUUUAAGGUUUGCUCAGAGGUAAAUGUUAAAGAAUGUUGUGUAACAUUUAUUCAAAUAAAGCCUUGAUUUUUUUUUUUCAGCACUUGUUGAAGGGAAAUAAUGUGGAACAUUUCUAUGCUAUAAUUUUCCUUUAUAUUUCCUUUUCCUUUCCGAAACCAGCAAGUUUUGAUUACAUCUUAUGUCUGUUACAUUUUCUGAAUUAAAGUGAGGAUGCUGAUCUGCUCUUGAGAGUGCGUCCUCCAGACUAAAUUCCUACUUGACUAACGCUGUUCAACCUUGAGUUUGGCCCAUGGUGGCUGGUUCAUGUUAAAUCUUCCUUGACCAGCUGGAUGCUUUCCACAAGAAAUAGUAAAAGCCCCCACAUAGACAAUGAGAAAAGAUACUGUGCACCAUGAAGAGGCAGAGACAAAGAAAACAUGACUGUAAUCCAUGGCUGCAGUCAAGGAGCACUGGAUACAGCUCACGACGGAGGCACACCAUGGCACAUGGGGAUUGCUGUAGCUGAAGGACACAGUGGCUAUACCCCCUGCAUUGCCCAUAGCAAUAGGGAGUGGCAUAAGAGCUCUGUGCCACCCAGGAAUCCCCCUAUGGAGUGGGGAAUCGUCUGGUGACCAGCUAAUGCUGUCUUUGGUACCACUUUGUUCUGAUGGCAUUGUACAAAGCAGCUGGAACGCAGGAAAGAGCUGAGGCCUUUGAAGAACAAGAUCUGCGUGCUAUUCAAUCACUGGUUCCUUGUGAUAUUAACAGCUUCAGACAAAUCCAUCUGUUGCAGGUAAGGGUAAUGGAAUCUUUCUCCAUUUAGGGAGGAAACUCCCCACAUUGAGUUGCAUAAUCUCAUAAUUUUCCCUGAAGGAGGUAAACUGGUUAUGCCAUAAUGGGUAAUUCACUUUAAAAAAAGCACAACAUUUGUAGCAUUGGGUUAAAGCAGGGUCAAGUUGUUGCGUAUCUCCUCAAAUUCCAGAAUCUAUAGGAGCUGCACUGUCUGGUAAAAGAAAAAAAUGCUCUCAGUUCCUGCAAAUUAAUUCUUCCAUACUUAGGAAAAACUAGCACAUCUUUUAUUUGUGUCUAGGUUAAUCAAAUAUAAAGUAGUUAAGAAAUCUAGUUGGAAAUGUUUAUUAAGCAUGUUACUGACUAAGCAUUUUCCUCUUUCAAUGGUGUACAAUUUGUCUGAAGGGACAGAUCAACUGUGCAAUACAGUUGGUAAUAGUCUCAGCCAAAUACCUUUCCAAAGUAUUAAAACUAAUUUGUUGGAAUUAAAUGAUUGUGCAGAUGCACUGAGUCUGUUGUGGCAGCUACCUUGGAUCUAUCCUCCAUGCUAUUCAGACAUUUUUGGUCCAGUAUAACUGCAUCAUAUCUUCUCUCCUCGAGUCUCUUGUGUGGAGUAGAAAUAGGGCAUGUGCUUUUUCUGUUCGUUUUAUAAAUGUUCCAUUUUCUACUCCUGUUUUGAUUACACU